AUGGACGAAGAUGCAGGAGCUGCUAACGUCAAGCGCGCUCUGGGAAUCGCGAUCGAGAAGUACAACAAAGUGACAGGAGAAGAUAUUAAGCUGGACAACAAGAUGACUGUGGCGGAAAUGACGGCCGACAUGAAGAAAAUCGACUCGGGUCGGCUGGAAGGGCAGAGGACCGAGAUCUUCAAAAACACGAUGGAGACGCUGGUGAGCCUAGGAUCUGUAGCAGCCGAGGCGGCAUCCAUGGUGUUCCCGUCGGCAACGCUGUGUUACCAAGUGCUGCGCCCGAUUAUCGACACAGCCGAGACGUAUCGAAAGUACUACCGGACAGAAGUCCUUUUCGAAACGUUGAACAGCCUCGCUGCAAUCCUCAAGAGAGUCACGGUUUACCUCGACGGCGCUCGUCGCGGCGCACAGAUUGACAAUGCCCUCGAAAACACCAUCGUUCAGCUGUUAUCACACUUUGUCACCAUCUGUGCCAUCUACGCCAAGGUCAAAAAAGAGCAUGAGACAAUAGGGGGGAGAGUCGUCCACUACUUGAAAGCAGCGGUGCAUUACGAUGGGGGCAUCACAAAAGAGUUCGACGAGAUCAAGAAGCUGGAAGCCGAGGAGUGGCAGAACAAUUCAGUCCAAACACGGACCGUUACAACCAUCACCGGCAACUUUCUGCAGGCAGAUCGGAACGACAAGAUCCAAGCAAGACACCGCAGUGUGAUCAAAGGGAAGCUACCCUUUAACGAAGAGAGCCCAGCCUGGAACUCCUGGUGUACCGCUCACGAGAAGCUUCGAAAGGGGUUUCUGCAUGGACAUGGCGCCUGGUUCUUCAAAGACGAUGCUUUCCGCGCUUGGAUUGACGUUGGAAUGGGCAGCAACUCGUUCAAACCCGUCUUUGUGUUGCACGGCCGCAGCGGCAGUGGAAAGAGUCUCCUUUGCUCAGAAGUCAUCCAGUACCUGCACCAAAACUUCAAAAAGAAGCAAGAGCGCAUCAAUUCGAUGCCCCGAGCAUCAAUUGCUUACUUCUAUUUUGGCAAGGCAGACGCCACGAGAGCACCCAAAGCCGAAGAGAAGGACAGGACCAGGAAGAAGGAGCCGACAAUGGACGAUGCCCUGAACGCAAUCCUUUGGCAGCUUGCCGAAAGCGACACAUCAUACCAAAGCUUUGUACACGGUCAAUGUGACACCAGCCCGGCAUUUUCCACCGCUUCGGAGAGAUGGGACAGCCUGGUUACGAGUUAUGCCGAGCCAAAGGCAUCCAAAACUCGCAAGGUGUUCUUCAUCGUUAUCGACGGGAUCGACCAGUCUGGCGAUAAAACAAGGCAUGAGGCAGAGGAUACGCUGAGGGUUAUCAUGGACAAGGUAGCUGGACUGCGGGAUAAACAAGUACAAGUCAGGCUCUUCCUUACCUGCAACAGCAAAAGUCUCAAAAGGUUCAGAGAGACCGACAAAGGCGACGCUGUCCAGUUUUUCUUGCUCAAGAGUCUUGAAAACGCACAAGACGUGCAGGAGAUGGUCAAAUCCAAGAUCAAGGAGCUCUCUGAAACCCGGGGCAUGGUCCCUGAGCGACAGCAGCUGCUUCACAACCUGGAGAUUAAACUUUGCAAGAGCUAUACAGCCGAGCCCUCUAUUGUCAGGGCCGUCUUGGAGAGGAUGUCUCGACUGCAGAGGAACAGAGACUACAAGGAGAUUCUUGAAAGCGAUUGGGACGACCGCAAAACAAUCAUCCGGUGGCAGACAGAGGCUUUGAAUGGGGAGAUGGGGGACGAGCAGAUCGAAGAUCUCAACGACUUCAUGGCAUGCAUUGCCUCACUGCAGGUGUGGCCAAGCCUCGAGCAGUUGCGGACCUUCAUACUCUUGCGCACUGGCAAAUCACCCGAGAUGCCUCUUCAGACCCAAAUCGAGGGAACAUACAGCCGCCUCUUCGAAAUCGAAAUACCAGAGGACGAGAUAAUUGUGUCAUACGAGAUGAUGUAUUAUCUGUUCGAUGAGGAACAGCCAUUCGAGGGCGUAGACGCCCCACGCAGCGUAUCAAUGGUUCCCGACAAAUUGCAAGAUGGACCCAGCAAUCAGCUCAGCGAGGCGGAAAUCAACCUCAUGGAAGGCCUCGUCCGCUCAAACUACGGUGUGGAUGCAUUCAAGAGGUUCGGUUUUGAUGAACAUUUCAAUCACAUUAGACGCAAGCAGCUGCGCCUGCCUCAGCCCCGUCCCAGGAUUGGCUUCCAAGCUGCAGAAAGCCAUGUGCGGAUUAUCAUCCGCCUCUUGAAAGCCGUUUCAGACCCAGAGUACCGAAAUGAAGCCGAGUCCCUUCACGAAUAUACGGCAAAGUACCUUUUCUUCCAUCUUGAAAUGGUUCAAGACAUCGAUCAGAUUGACGGCAACACGAGACGAGAGAUCGGGAGAAACCUGCAUCAGUUUUUCCACGACGAGGCGGCAGUGGAAAAUUGGUUGGAGAAGGCACCUUCAAGCGACUCUCAAGAAUGGUGCGAGUCUUUCGAUCACGUUCUCAGGUGGUUUGAAGAUGUGGAGGUAUCUGCCGGGGCCAGUUGUAGUACUGGAUCGGACACCAGCGCCAGCAUAGACGCCCAUGACUUGCUGGCGGUCCCUCGCAAGAUUUUGGCAUCACAUUGGCUGCAAAAGAAUACGUGGAACGCCAAGGUUGCACAUACUUGGUUUAGAGAUCUUGUGGAAAAGAUUUCGCAGACACAUGAACCCAUAACCCAAGGCACAGAUGAGCCCGCUCCCGCAGAGAGCACGGUGAAGCCUGAGCAAGAGAAAAACCCGAGCAACAGCCAAGAGGAGCUUCCCGCUCAGGUAGAUGCUGAGGCUGUGAAAGAGCACCCCGAACAGACAGCCGAGACACCCAGCUCGGUCGAGUACCGGAUCAUGGAUUUGGCCCAUCAUGCCAGCAAUUUGCUGCAUGUCUCAAGCAGCGAUGGUGAGGAUUUCAUAUGGCAUUUACGGAUUGGGGAGACGCUCCAGGAACAUAGUCUUUCUUCAGCCGCGGAGAAGUCAUGUGAUAAGGCCAUCAAGCUCCUGGACAACACUUCCAACAAGCCGGACGACGAGUGGAGAGUUUACUGGUGCUUGGUUCAAGCCAGCCCCAACAACAUUGCUAAAGGCGUCGAGAACCUCGAGAAGCUUCUCGAGAGGCUCAAGAACCAAAAGUACAUGAAGACCCACCCAGCCGAGAUGCAGAACAUGGUCAAGGCGCUUUGGGAACUACACAACGAUAGCUGGGGGCGCCCCCGAGACGCAAUGAGAGCUUGUCAUCGGCUUUUGGAAGGCAACGCCGACAAGUCUUGGCUCAUGGACCAAGCCUGGGCCCUCAUACACUCUGAUCGGACGGAAGACGCCGCUGGUUUCUUACACGACAUUUCUGGGACACCGGUGGGGGGUGGACCAAGCCCUCUGACAACUCUAUUUCACCAUUACGCCUCGUCGAAGGCGUUCCAUGACACCAUUGCUAGGAUCCUCAAGCUUGAAAAAGGGCUAUUGGUAAAAGCUUACCUUGACUCUAUUCACGCUGCCGGGUCCGACGCUCGCCUGCAAGUUUUUCUGCGCCACUAUUACGGUGUCGCCCUGGCAUAUCAGGAUGGUGCUGAUGAAGCAUGCAUCAUCUGGGAGAAGAGCCUUUUCGACAGCUCUGUGUUAACCCUCGACCAAGUCGGCAAUGGCGAGAUCUACAAUACACGUGUCCAGACUCUUCAAGGCUUGCUGACCGAGUAUUUGCAAAUUGCGCAAGAAAAGUCCGGCAAAGAUCAAGCGGUUGGUCUACCCGAAAGGCUCGAGAAAGUCAGGCAUUGGGUCACCCAAGAACUUGGACCCAUCGGAGACAGUGAUCAUCCAGUGGUGCUGUUGCUGGCUCGCGCCUACCAUCUGGUCGGGAAAAGAAGACUGGCAAAAGAAUGCAUGCAAGGCUUUGUCAAGACUGCACUGGAACUUCUCUCCGAUGAAACGACCGAUAACGACUGGGAAGGUCUGGUCUUUCUCACACAGGCAGCCGCAGCGAUCGACGAAGAUGGGUUCGCGCUUGCGGCAUGGAAGCUAGCCAGCCCGGGCACGACAGGCCACUUGUGGUGUGACGGUGGGUGCGGUCGCCUCGACUUGCAGAGCAUGGAUUUGCUCUCCUGCAAAGACUGUAUCGAUGUACAGUUCGAGCGAUCUUGCUACGACCAGCUGCAGAAUGGGAAGCUAGACAGACGUGUUUGCGGGCAGACACAUGAAUUCCUUACGCUACCAAAAAUGGACCCAAAGGCCUUUAAGCAGAUGGAAAGAGGUUCUAUGCAUGAAGAUGCUAUCAAAGAUGUAUAUCACGCCGCUGAGCACUUAUUUGGAGUGAGGGUCCCGGCCGUUGAGAACCUGGCUCGCCCUGAGCCCACGAGAUUCCAGUACAUGAAGUUACGGGUUCAAGUAGCCGGAAGCCACCUCAGGUGGAAAAUAACCCAGAAAAGAAAAGAAAAGAGAGAAUGA